UGCCUUCAGCUUCUCAACUUCUCCAGUCAAACAACAAUGAAGUCUCAGGUUGCACUGCUGCUUUUAUGCGUGUUUUUUAAUAAAGCACUGGCACUGAAAUGCAAUAAAUGCACACCAACAUCACCCACUACAUCGUGCUCCCCAGUUACACCGACAGAAUGUUCUUCGGGAACCCAGUGCGCCAGUGUGACUGCUUCCAUCACUACAGUUGUUUCUAAAACAGAUGUUAAUGUGAAGACUUGUGGAGCCCCGGAGGAGUGUGCAACCCAGAGUUUGAACUUAGGAUUACUAAAAGUCACCAGCAAUGCCAAAUGCUGCAGUACUGACCUCUGCAACACUGACUCACCAGCAGCUCUUAUACAGUCAGCCAAUGGGAAAAGGUGUUACACCUGUGAUUCCAGUGACUGCUCGAAAACAGUGAACUGUGAGGGGAUUGAAGAUCGCUGCAUCAGUGCGACAGUUGAACAAGGUGGCAGCAAAGUUUCCAUGAAAGGAUGUGUAAGCAAGAACGUCUGUGAUGCCGCCUCAGGAAGCUCUCUGCAGGGGAUUGCUGUAACAAAGCUGACCUGUUGUGAGGGGAACCUGUGUAACGGAGCUGAGACGUUUACUCUGAGUUUCCUGAUCCUGGUGGUUCCUCUGUUCUCCUCCAUCCUCCUUCACUAAGAUCUCCACUGAUAAAUUGUAGUUCCUGAUUUCUGGAAUUUUCAUGUUUUCUUUCAUAUUGAUUUUGCUUUAUUAUGAUGUAAUUUGCUGGUUUGCUUUCAGACUGUAAUGAAAAACAUCUAAAUUAACAUCAACACAUAAAAACAGGCAGACAGGAAGAUGUCGAGGAUGAUUAGGAUUGGGAUUAAGUAGGCUGUAACAGUAGACACAAGGACGGGGCAGACACACUCACAGAGACAUUUUAGACAGGUGUAUUUACAAAUACAAAGACAAGAACACAGUAUUAAGGACAUUAUUAAUUCUAAGCUAACUGUAAACAUAUAUCAGAUCCUUAGACUAAACUAACCUAACUACUAACUCAGACAAACAGGAAUGCUAAUGACUAUACUAAGCAAAGACAAAACAGACCCUAGAACUAAGACAUAACAAGAAUGGACGGUGACAUAAGCAAAGACAAAGCAAAGCAAGACAUCACCAUGAGAGGAGUCAGAAUAAACAUAAACAAGUUCUAAUUAACAGAUACUGCAGGGGAUUUAUAUUAAUAAACAUACAAUAACCAACCAGAGAGGUUACAAACACAAGGGUCUAUAUACACAUAGUAAUCAGGACAGACUUGGGGAACAGCUGGGAGAGAUUAACAACAGGACAAGAAGGUCCUGAGUUCGAUCCUCAGGUGGGGCGGUCUAGGUCCUUUCUGUGUGGAGUUUGCAUGUUCUUCCCGUGUCAGCGUGGGUUUCUUCCGGGUGCUCUGGUUUCCUCCCACUGUCCAAAAACAUGCAAGUGAGGUGAAUUGGAGAUACUUAAUUGUCCUUGACUGUGUUUGACAUAAAACUUGUGAACUGAUGAAUCUUGUGUAAUGAGUAACUACCGUUCCUGUCAUGAAUGUAACCAAAGUGUAAAACAUGACUUUAAAAUCCUAAUAAACAAACAAACAAACAACAGAACAAAUCAGAAACAGGAGGUGGAGACAAGAGGGGUGUGAUAUGAAAACAAACACAAAGGCGAUCAAGUGUGAUCGUGACAUCAUUUAAGUUUGUGGUAGAAUAAAGUCAAAUGGUCGAAUUUUGGACAUUGUGAGUGCAGUCACUGCAGAUUCCCAUCAUGUCCAGCAGCCCAGCAGGAACAGCAUUGAUGCCAUGACAGACUCCAACCUAAAGGCUUCAGCCUCAUGUGUAUUUAAAAUAUUAAAAUAUUAAAUGUUCAGUAUAAUGAGUAAUAAGAUGUCAGUUGAGCUGAGUAUUCUCAAACAUCCAUAAUGAUUACAGCAUAAGUGUGUGAACUAUAGGGUACCACAGCCAUGAAGGCCCUUUAGGACAACAGGGGUCACCUCCACCUGUCAACAAACCUGAAUGAUGUGUUGCUGAGCAGUACUAGAAGGCCGAUACCCAGCUCAGUCUCACAGCUUUUUAAUUGGAUUCUUAUAUAGGACAUUAGCUAUACCACUCCAAAACUUAACUCAUGGUGGGGCAGGUGCACUGGGGCACAUGGCAGGAAGGGGGGGUCCUCCAUGACUGAUUUGCCCCCAAAUUGGCUGCACUCGCCAGGUCAUUAUUAUUAUAUUACAAUACUUUUGUUAAGUAAAAUUAAAAUAACUAAAACUGUGCAUUAAACAUACCAGAGGCAGGAAUUUGGACUUGAAGUGUAACUUCUGAGUGAGUACUUUUAAUUCAUUCUGAUCAGCUAUCAGCAUAUGCAAUUUGUUGAGGGGGACCAACAUUUUUUUUUGCACUGGGACCCAUGAGCUCCUAGUUACACCACUGGUGUUGCAUCUAGAAAUGGUUCAUAUUAUGAGCAGCUGUUUUCAGUGGCAGGGUUAUGAACAGGAAAAGAUCCUCACUUUUGUCAGAUAAUGUGAACAGACUUGUCAUUUUAAAUAACUGGCUGAAAGAUGGGAGCUGUUAACAACUCUGUACAGGCAUUGGCUGGCUUUCUAAAAAAUAAUUUAAUUAAUUUGAUCAUAAUUGUGUACAUUUUUUAUUGGUAAACAUGUUCUUGCUGUAAAAAUGUGCAUAACUGUUCAAAUUGUGCUUUAUUUUUGCACACGAUUAAUCUCCAUUAAAAAAUGUAA